AUGGAAACAAAGAACUAUAGCAGCGAAUCAGGCUUUGUCCUCCUGGGCAUCUCUUCCAGUCCUCAGCUACAGAAACCACUCUUUGCCAUCUUCCUCAUCAUGUACCUGGUCACUGUCCUGGGCAAUGUACUCAUCAUCUUAGUUAUCCAGUCUGACUCCCGGCUCCAUACUCCUAUGUACUUUUUCCUCAGCAACUUGUCCUUCACAGAUAUCUGCUUCACAACAGUGAUUGUGCCCAACAUGCUGGCAAACCUACUAUCAGAGACCAAGGUUAUCUCCUUUGUGGGUUGCCUGAUCCAGAUGUAUUUCUUCAUGGCCUUUGCAAACACUGACAGUUACCUUCUGGCCUCUAUGGCCAUAGAUAGGCUGGUGGCCAUCUGCAACCCCUUCCACUAUGAAAGGGUCAUGAACCCACGGCGUUGUCUCCUCAUGCUGCUGGGCUCUUGCACCAUCUCCCACCUGCACUCCCUGCUCCGAGUGCUACUCAUGUCCCGCCUGUCCUUCUGUGCCUCUCAUGUCAUUAAGCACUUUUUUUGUGAUACCCAACCUGUACUAAAGCUAUCCUGCUCUGACACAUCCUCCAACCAGAUUGUGGUCAUGACUGAGACCCUGGCCGUCAUCACAACCCCCUUCCUGUGCAUCCUCUUCUCCUACCUGCGAAUCAUCAUCACUGUGCUCAGAAUUCCCUCUGCAGCUGGGAAGUGGAAGGCCUUCUCUACCUGUGGCUCCCACCUCACUGUAGUGGCUUUGUUCUAUGGGAGUGUCAUCUAUGUCUACUUUAGGCCCCUGUCCAUGUACUCAGUGGUGAAGGACCGGGUAGCCACAGUUAUGUACACAGUAGUGACACCCAUGCUGAACCCCUUCAUCUAUAGCCUGAGGAACAAAGAUAUGAAGAGGGGUUUGAUUAAAUUAAGGGACAGAAUUCACUCAUAG